AUGGGGGCCCUGGGGGCGAGUGGGAUGGGGGUCCUGGGGGCGAGGGAUUUCGCCUUUUAUGCGCGCCGCCGCCGCGAAGGGGCAGGUGGCGCCGCCGCCGGAAUCCGCCAAGAAAAUCAAGAGGAUUCGAGAAAGACCGCCACCGCCACCGACAGCAACAGCAGCAGGCACCCGGUGUACCGGGGAGUCCGAAUGAGGAGCUGGGGCAAAUGGGUUUCCGAAAUCCGGGAGCCCCGCAAGAAAUCGCGCAUAUGGCUCGGCACCUUCGCCACCCCUGAAAUGGCGGCGCGUGCCCACGACGUGGCGGCCCUGAGCAUCAAGGGCGCCUCCGCCACGCUCAACUUCCCAGAACUCGCGGCCGUCCUCCCACGCCCCGUCUCCAUCAGCCCCCGCGACGUCCAGGCUGCCGCCUCGAAGGCGGCGGCGAUGGAGAAGUUCGAUGAUUUGCCAUCGCCGUCGUCGACCACCACCUCUUCAUCUUCUCCGUCGUUGUCGUCUCUUGUUUCUUCGGUGGACCUGUCAACUGAGUCGGAGGAGGAACUGAGUGAAAUCGUCCAGUUGCCGAGUUUAGGGUCGUACUUUGACUCGGUGGGGCUGAGGAGUGAUUUUGUGUACAUUGAUAACGCGGCGGUGGAGGGGUGGACGUUGGACUUGCACCCUUCUCCGCCGUGGGGUGGUGGUGGUGGGGUUAUUGAUGAUGGUGGGAUUUCUAGCUGUUUCGAAACCUUGUUCUGGAAUUAUUGA